AUGCUCAUGUACCUGUGUGUCCAUGUUGUUGCUGCUGCUUCAAGUGAGAAGAGUGAAGCAAGUGCACUCUUAAAGUGGAAGGCCAGCCUUGAGAACACCAGUGUGCUGUCGUCGUGGGCAGGUACGAAUCCAUGCAAAUGGCACGGCAUUGCAUGCGACAGAGCCAAUUCCGUUACGGCAAUAAAUCUGGAAAAUCAUAAUCUGAAAGGUACACUCCACACUCUCAGCUUCUCAUCACUCCCCAACCUCCUCACCUUUAAUAUCUACAACAACUUCUUCUAUGGAACCAUACCACCACACAUUGGUAACAUAUCCAAACUCAAUACUUUGAACUUGUCUUUGAACGCUUUUGAGGGUACCAUCCCUAAGGAGAUGUGGACAUUGACGAGUUUACGCGGGCUUGAUCUUUCCCUGUGUAUUUAUCUUAGUGGAGCCAUACCCAGUUCCAUAGCAAAUUUGACAAACCUAUCAUACCUAGAUAUAGCCAAGAACAAUCUUUCUGGCCACAUUCCUCCUGAGAUUGGAAAUUUGAACAGCCUCAAGUAUCUUGAUCUGGCAGGUAAUAAGCUUAGUGGUUCCAUUCCCCACGAAAUUGGAAUGUUGACAAAGCUUGAGGUACUUGUUUUAUCCACAAACAUUCUCUUUGGAACUAUCCCUUCUACCAUUGGUAACCUUAGCAAUCUGAUUCACUUUUUUGUUUCAAAUAACUCCCUCUCUGGCCCAAUCCCAUCCCUCAUAUGGAACAUGUCUAACUUGUCCUGGCUAUACCUUGAUGGCAAUCGACUAUCUGGAUCAAUCCCUCCUUCCAUAGAAAACUUGGCCAAUUUGGAACGCUUUGUACUUCAUGGAAACAAUCUUUCUGGGUCCAUUCCUUCCACUGUUGGAAACAUGACUAAGCUCAUCUACUUGUUCAUGCGCGUCAAUCAUUUUUCUGGAUCAAUUCCUGUCUCCAUAGGUAAUUUGAUCAACUUGAAAAAACUUAGUCUCCAAGAAAACAAUUUCUUCGGAUUUAUUCCCGAAACAAUUGGAAACUUAAAGAGGCUCUCGCUGCUUGAAUUGUCUUUCAACAAUCUUAAAGGUAGCAUUCCACCAGCCAUAACAAACAUGACCAACCUCAUGAUCUUUUUAGUAUCUGAAAAUAAUUUAACUGGAAAUUUGCCACCCCAAAUCUGCUCAGGGGGAUCACUAGAGUCAUUUUGUGCUGAUAAUAAUCACUUUACCGGUCCAGUACCAAGAAGCUUGAAGAAUUGCUCUAGUAUUCAAAGAAUCAGGCUACAAGGUAACCAAUUGGAAGGAGAUAUAGCACAAGAUUUUGGCAUAUAUCCAAAGUUGGGAUUUAUUGAUCUAAGUGAUAAUAAAUUUCAUGGCCAAAUUUCUCCUAACUGGGGGAGGUGCCCAAAUCUUGAUACCUUGAUCAUAUCCAACAAUAAUAUUUCCGGUAGUAUACCCCCACAAAUCGCAGAGGCUACUAAACUGGGUAAGCUUCAACUUUCUUCAAACCAAUUGACUGGAAGGAUACCAAAAGAACUAGGGAAUUUGAAGAGCCUGCUUCAUCUCGACAUAGGCAACAAUCAACUUGUAGGAAACAUUCCAAAACAAGUUGUAGGGUUGCCUAAUUUGUUGGAAUUGAACUUGAGCAACAACAGACUAGAUGGAAGCAUCCCCUCUGAGUUUGAUCCAAUUCAACCUCUUUAUUCUCUUGAUCUUAGCGGGAAUUUGUUGAAUGGAACAAUACCAUCGGUGCUUGGACAGCUGAAGCAGUUGCAAUUGUUGAACCUCUCACACAAUAAUGUCUCUGGCACAAUUCCAAACACUUUUAGUAGCAGUAUGUCAAGCUUGAUUUCUGUCAACUUAUCAUACAACCAAUUAAAAGGACCGGUUCCAAACGCUAGAGCUUUCCAAACAAUUGAGUCACUGAAAAAUAACAACGGCUUGUGUGGUAAUGUCACUGGCUUGAUGCCAUGCCCAAGCAGCAGUUCUAGGCACAAAAGUCACAAGGUCAUGUUAUUGGUAUUACUUGUUAUAUUUGCAGUACUAGUGCUUUCUGUGGUGGCUGUUUCAUUGUACUUUCUUUGUAAAAGUGCUAGAAACAAAGACAACUCAGCUAAAGAAGUGCAACAAGUAGAAGAACACUUUUCCAUAUGGAGCCAUGACGGAAAAAUGGCAUUUGAAACUAUCAUUGAUGCCACCAAUAAUUUUGAUGACAAAUAUCUCAUUGGAAUUGGAGGGCAAGGAUCCGUUUACAGGGCUGAGUUGCCUUCAGGUAUGGUUGUUGCUGUGAAGAAGCUUCAUAAGGAAUCAGAUGCAGGGAACAAGUCCAAUUUGAAAGCAUUUGAGAAUGAAAUCCAAGCACUGACAGAAAUGAAGCACCGAAACAUCAUAAAGCUAUACGGAUAUUGCCAGCAUUCACGCUUCUCAUUUUUGGUUUUUGAGUUCUUGGAAGGUGGCAGUUUGGAUCAAGCACUUGGCAGUGAAAAACAAGCAACUGCAUUUGAUUGGGAGAGGAGGGUGAAUGUGGUUAAAGGAGUUGCAAAUGCUUUGUCAUAUAUGCAUCAUGAUUGCAAACCCCCCAUAGUUCACCGUGACAUAUCAAGCAAGAACAUUCUGUUGGACUCAGAUUAUUAUGAAGCCCAUGUCUCUGACUUUGGAACUGCUAAGUUUUUGAACCCAGAUUCAAAUUGGACAACACUUGCAGUCACCUAUGGCUAUGGAGCUCCAGAGCUAGCUCAGACUAUGGAAGUGACAGAGAAAUGUGAUGUAUACAGCUUUGGAGUGCUUUGUUUGGAAAUUCUUAUGGGAAAGCAUCCAGCGGACCUAAUAAGUUCAUUGUUGUCACCAUCAACAGCGAGAAUAACAUACAAUUUGUUAUUGGUUGAUGUCAUAGAUCAGAGACCUCCCCUUCCUGAAAUAUCAAUUGUUGGGGAAAUAAUGUGGAUCACAAAGUGGGCACUUGAAUGCUUGAGCCAAAGUCCACAAUCUCGACCAAGCAUGCAUCAAGUUUCUAAAGAGCUUAUGAUGGGAAAAUCACGUUUCCCGGAUGACCAAUUUGCUAUGAUCAGAAUUGGACAACUCAAUGAAGAAUGGGAAACUCCACUUAUGUGAUUCAUCAUUUAUGAUCAAAUCUAAUGGUUCAUAUAUACAUCUUAUGUGUAAUCCACCCAUAUCUGAAGUUUAUUUGCUUUGUCCGUCAGUGUGUGUAAUGUGUAUAUAUGUGAGUUGAAGUCACUUUCUUUUGUUAUGUUUUGAUCUGGACCAUCUACCCCAGUAUGGAGAUGGCUCAUAGAUCAGUGGUUUGUACCUCCCAAAGGAGAUAAGCUUGUUGAGUCAGAACGCAUGAAUAAAAAUAGAGCAAUGUCAAUGUUAAGUUUAUUGUUAA